AUGGAGGCGAUUGUCAUGAGGCUGCCUUCUCAGUUGCGCUUCAAAUGGGCCGAAGUCGCCACCACCUUGAUACGCCAUGGAAAAGAACCUCAGUUUGACGAACUGGCGUCGUUCAUUGAAGAGAGGGUUGACAUUGUGAGCAGCCGCUUUGGAGAAUUGGCUGUUACUCUUAAGGGCAGCCGCAGUAACAGACAAGUAUCCACGUCCGGAGGCACGCAAUUUGGAGUGCGCACUUUGGCUGUGUUGGACAGUGGUUCUGACUCCACACUCGUACUUGACGACUUGGUGACAUCUCUCCAAAUGAAAGGUAAACUCAAGGAUAUCGUUAUAUCCACUUUGAAUAAAAACGAAGAUCCAAACGACCGAGGUGGAAUUCGAGAUCGAGCCCGACGGUAA